AUGUUAUGGUUUAUAUUCAUCACAUUUUGGUAUGAUAAAGUGAGCAUUAAAAUUAACAAGUCCAUAAGUUAUGAACAAGCACCAUUAUUACUUUUCAAAAUACAAAAGCAAUACAACUCACCAAUUUCAGGAUGGUAUGACAUCUCAAAUAAUAAAGCUGUAAAUAUUUACUUCCUUCACCAUCAAAUUGGAAAAGACUAG